GAACUGAGAGGAGCGUGCAGACAGGAGACUAAUGAGCUGAUGGCAACUUUCUGUUGAUUUCCCGCCAAGAAAAUUAUUAAAGUUUUCCACCAUGGACUGCAGCCUCUAUUGUCAGGUGUGUCGUACUGAUUUUCCCAAGGUAUUUGCUUUCAAGAAACAUUUGCUUUCACUGGAACAUCAACUGAAAAUGAUAGACACUUUCCAGAAAGACACAAUGAGAAGUGGUUUCAUACCUACCAUCGUUUUUGUGGACCCACAAACCAAAUCUGCAAUCAACGAACCCGUCGUAGGCCUGUCUCUGUUGACGAUGUGUUUCAGCUCGACGUGUACAUCUUUUUACCUGUGCCAUGUUUGUGAGCAACAUUGUCCAGUUAAAAACAUUUUAAGCCACAUUUUUUCUCAGGACCACUACAGUAACUACUUUAACUACACAAACCCCAACAACCUGAGUUUCUCUUGGAUUGCCGGCAUGAACAUGAGAGCAGCGUUGCGGCCAAAGCUCAGGGGUACCGAAGACGUACUAUGGCUGCAGAUGUUACAGUUACCUGUAAAUCUGGUGGAUCAACUUAAUUCAAAAACCUACUCUGAAGCGAUGCAGAUUCUAAGUGAAAAUGACAGACUUAUUAAGCUGUUUGAAGCUACCCAGCCAAAGAGGACGACAAUCCAUGCCUACCAAAACAGCAGCAGUAGGAAGCAUCCACUUCUUGGCAUGCAGCACCUGGUUGAAUGCAUUUGUCUCGGGCCAGGUGAGAAGAGACACUACCUGUGCACGCUGUGCAGACUCACCGUGGCCUCCCACGCGAUCAUCAAACAUGUCCUGAGCUUUGAUCACAUCUAUUGUUAUUUUAAAGCCUGGCAUCCCUCUACGUUGCUGUCAAAGGAAUCCUACAGGGAUUACAAAUUCCUCGCCCCAAUGAUGCUUGAUUUUGCAAAGCAGACAGAGGAAAUUCAUGCGACUAGAAAUGCUUCUAUGAAGGAAGUGAGCCUGAAGCCCAAUGAAUUCAAGGCUGUGGAUUUCACGUGUUACACAGAAGCUUUGAAGAAACUGGAAUCGAUCACAAAGAGCAGCUUGACAACAAACAUUGAACCAGGGAACAGGCUAGAGUAUCAUGCUGCCGUGACACAUCCUACGUCAUCUGUAAAACACAAAUGCAAAUUUUGCUGUCAGAGUUGUAGGCACAUCUAUGACAGUAUUUUCACAUAUCAAAAACAUCUGUCAUCUUGGAAACAUGAACAGAUGCUGCAGAAAUACUUUGGCAAAGCUGAAGGAUCCUGGGGUUAUGACAUGAGAGGGAAGGUUUAUCUGGGUUUGUUUGCCUACGUCAGGACGAGCUGGAGGAGAAAUAAACCAGUUGUUGGAACAGCCAUGGUCGUGACAUGUAUCAACGCAUGCGGUGAGGCUGAACCGAUUUGCCUGUGCUUUGCUUGUGUGGAUGCUUUCCCUCAGUCCUCUGUCGAACAACACUUCGAGUCUCAAAAACAUCUCAUAAACGUUUUGCUGUACCAGAAUCCCUGGAGGCUGCCUUUUGCCUGGGAGGAGGAGCUGGAUGAGGACAUCCUGAGGUCAAUGGCGCUGGAGGAGGAAAGAGAAAGGAAACAAGAUCAGAUUGUUCUGAAGAUUUUUGAUAUUCCACCCUGGAUAUUUUGGAACCUUGACAAUUCUGAUUACAGGCGAGUAUUACACAACCUUCAGCACCACAGUGCAAUCUUAAAGCGUGAAGUUCCACCAUGCGAAACCUUCAGUAAACUCCAAGAAAACGAAAAAUUCCCUCUGCUUGGGAGACAGUUUAUGGUGACUUAUGAUCUGUUCUUAGAAGGAGUGGCAUCUCUGUGCUUGCUCUGUGUGAGGAAGCUGUCAAGCAGGGAAGCUGAAGCUCAUGUUUUCAGUCGGGAACAUGUUACGAGAUUUCUGGACCUUUUCCACCCAGGGUCACUGGAUUCCAUCACUGUCGAUGCAGAGACCUUAAUGGACUUGGCAAAACAGGCGGCGUGUAUUCACGCUCCCUCAAACGUGCAGAAGGUGAAGCCGAAAAAGCCCAUAUGGGAGACAGACAGCUACCACAAAGCAAUGAAUAGUUUGGCUUAUGAAAAGAAGAGAGAGAGAAAAGGGAACCUUAAACCACCAAUAACACCAAUGAAGAAGCUGGUUCCCAGGAAAAAAAGUGGAAUGGGAAAGAUGGAUCAAAACCUCAAGAAAGAUGGUGAGAAUAACAGCAGUAACGCAGAGAGGCAAGAAAGAGAGAAGAAAGAGGAAACAAGUGAUGGCAGAAAGACACCAACACCGAAAGAAAAACAACUGAAAACACAAAAGGAAGCUUCUCCAACAACCUGUCAAAAAGAGAUAAAGACUGCAGAUGAGGCGAGUCAGGAAAUAAAUGGGAAGGCAGAGAAGCCCAAAACUGAAAAACCAAGCGAAGAAGUUAAGAAAACCUGCCAGAACACAGAGGAAAAUAAUGGAGCAACAAGUAGAACAGAAGGACACUCAAGUAUCAAACAUAUCCCAACACCGUUAAGUAACAUUCCCAAACAAGGCGACAAAAAAAGGCCAAGAAGCUUGACUGAAGGAUCACAAGAGGACACGUGUCCAGAUGAGCAUGUGGGGAGUAGCCUUAAAAGACGGCGGCUGUGUUCAAAAGAUGACACGUCUUCUGAAGAGUCCACAGAAAUACCGAAAAGCGGAGCGAUAGAGGAGAUGACUGCAGAAUGGGAAACCAGUUGUGACGAGGUCGUGGUGAAAGCCGUUCACACACUGAAGGACCAUAAUCUCUGGCCAGUCGGAGUGUGUGAGCUCUCUUCAACCUCAUCUCCCUCCUGUGUUAAACCUGUAAACGGCUCAGCUGCACUUGAUGACAGUGUCAAGGUGGCGGAUAUGAAGUCUGACAAUUCAGAAAACUGUGCUGCUGCAACUGCAGAGACCUCUGCAAUCACAAAACCCACCACCAAAACAAGCAAAGUCUCCAAGUCUGCUGACAACUCUCCCACUUGUUCAGUUGGUCCCAGAAGUGAAGAUGCAUCAAGCAUAAGUGUGUCCAAAAGUAGGACAAACAAAGCCGAUUUGCUUCCUGAUUGCAUAAAUAAUGGAUGUGAUGCUAGUGUUUCAAAAUGUGCAACUACGGAAUCGUUUAAGAUGGAAACUUCUAAAAGAAAGGAAGUGGCAGCCUCCAUCCGCCCAGCAACCACAUCUAAAUGCACAACAACAUCAUCCAAAUUAGCAGAAAGUACUUCUGCUUCCUGUGCAGCUGUCUCAAAUCUCACCUCAGGUGCAAAAUCUGCAACCAUGGCCAGACCACAGGAAAGAAGAAGUGGAACCUCAUCACAAGGAAAACAAGUAUCACGUAAUGGUUCACCCGCCCCUCAAACAAAGCCCACAGUGAUACAAGAAGCCACCUACAGAACAACACCGCCUUCUAAAAAUAAUGCCCUCAGAUGUGCUGAAACUGCAUCAAAAGACUUAGUAACACCUCAAACCGAGAUAACUUCUGUGGCUGCAAUAAAAAUCCCUCAAGUAUCUGCUAAACCUGCCAAUAAUGAUCCUCCAAAGACUCUAAAUGAAAAGAAUUCAGUGGAGGCUAAUGUUCAAGAGAGAAAUCCACCUGCUGCUCCCCACCUAAAAUCUGAAAGGUCUGAACACAUAAAGCCUAAUCAAGAGACUUCCAAUGUCUCUACAAGUAAGGCAACAACAAAUGCAGAGUGCUUUAAAGUUGGAUUAAGUUACCUCAUAGUUGUGUUGUGGAAACAAAAGCAACAAGUCUACUGUCUUCUCUGUUUGGUCAGAUUAAAUUCAUCCAGUCACCAUCACCUGAUGAGCCUCAGGCACCGGUAUAACUAUGUGAAAAGGAGGUAUCCUGAGUGGAGUGCAAAGCCAUUAGAAUUGGAGAGCAAAUUACAACAGACUGUGGCUCUCCUGGCUGCGAUUGAGAAAAACAUGCCAAACUCACGGACCAUCCAGAAAAAAGAAGUAGAGAUGAACAUUUACCAAAAACUGGGUGGUCUUCCAGAAGUUGAAGCUGUGGAAUUCGUGAAAAAAAUGAUGAAAAGGAGAAUCUCAUCAUCCGCUGUGAAUGACAAUGCAGAGGCUUCUUUGAGACUGGAAGUCAGCAGCCCAUGUGAAGUUUCAAGCUCAGAUGAUGGAAUAGUGCAAAGUGAGACAGGAUUACCUACUGAUAACCAAUCAGAGCAGGAGGAUAAAAAUCAGCAUCGGACUCCUCUGACUCAAAUUGCAGAUGUCGAGUCCAGCUCAAAAGAGAAAGAAAAUCUGACUGCAGAUCAGUUGAUCGAAGACCCGCCUGCCAGUGAUCUGAUUCAGAGUCCGUUUCAGUCAUGUACCAGCUUCAGUCAAGUAACUCCAGACUCCACCCCAUCUCCUGACAUUCAAGUAAAAACCAUAACAGAUACUAUCCAGCAGAUUCAGUCUUAUGCAGAGAUUCAACCUCAGGUUAAUGUCACGCAUGCAACCAAGAGUCAUGGAGUCACAGUGGAGAAGAGUGGUCCAACUUCUCAACGGCCACAGAAGUAUCUAGAAAGUGAAGAGAAAUCAUCCCCUGGUCAAACCAGCAGCAGAAAUCUGCAGGCCCCAAAACACUCUUUAAGCCCUGGAAACCUCAGUGCAUCGCAGGCUCUCACAGGAACUUCAGUUGGGAAAAAAGCUAAGGGCUGCAGUAAUUUGUCCUUUUACCUGAAAGCAAGUCAACAGGAUAAUAAAGCAGUCAUUGGUAUGGGCUCUGUGUGGGAGUGUCGGGGGAACUCUCUGAAAACUUUCUACCUAUGUGAAUGCUGUGAGGAGAUCCUCUCCAGGUGUGACAUUUGUCAACACAUGGUCAGCUUUGAUCACCAGUUCAGAUAUGUGAGGAAAGAACACCCUGACCUACUGCAAAAGUUCUGGUUUGAGGAAGAUGUCCCCCAUUUUAUGAAAAUGGAAAUUUUUUUGAAGAUCGUUGUGCAUGAGCUGUCAAAGCGGGAGCAUUUCUUCAAGGUUGACGCACAGUGUAUUCUGCUUGAAUCAGAGUGGCAUGAAGUUGUUCGUACAGUUCCCAUCAGCAAAGCUUUACAAAUUGUGCAAAGCAUCAGAAAUGAAGAGAAACCAAGUUUCUUCCAUAGACCCCUUAUUGCGACUGAACAGAAGAGCCGGCACCAUGAAGACCAGCAGAGAGAUGACAGAUCUCUUCCCAUAGAGAGGUUGUCAGCACAAGCACAUAAGACAAACCAGAGAAGAAACAGUGUAGCUGGACAGAGAAGAGAUAGGAUGUACACAGUUGCAGGUUUGGAAGUCAAAGGAGCCUCGAGUCAUCUGGAUAGGAGCUAUUCACCUGUAAAGGCCGAGUCUGUCUCUCCAGUCCCCAUUGUUGGCACAUGUUUCACUCCUCAGGACACCUGCAGUGGUCUUUCUCUGCAGCCAGAACUCAAACCAGCUGUCUCUCAGCUCACAAAAUCUGAUCCUCUGGUGCACGUAAAAAAAGAAGUAGCCUUUGAAUCAGCAUCUCUUGCCACCAUUAGUUCUACAAUCAGUCGAAACCCAGAGGCGGCGCCCAGAAAUGAAUGUCCUCUAAGCAGGAAAAGGCCAGCUGAUACAUCAGAGGAUCGUUUGCCAGCUAAAUAUAUAUCCAGCCCAGUACAGGUUAAGACUGAGCCCAGCUUUCAAUCAGCCUCUGACUUCUCUUCAGUUAACCCUGCUCCUGGAGGAUAUGGCACAUACCAAACUGCCAAUUACACAGUGAAACAGAUGUAUUCACAGCAAUCACAUGGACAUUAUUUAGCAACUGGAAUUUCUCCACCAUGGGAGAGCUUGGAAACGCAGCAGGAGCAAAAGUACUGCCACUACUGGGCAAGCCGAUCACAAAGUAACCACUGAUUGUCAGUUUGUUUUUGUUGGUGUGUUUAUUGUGUUAAUGGAAAUACUGAUGCUCAGAUGGUUUAAGUGAGAGAUGUAUGUUUUAUAACAGAAAGUUUUUGUGUCUUUGUUUUUUUACUUAAAGGACUGUUUUAAAAAGGAAAGAAAUGUAGUUUUGCUUGUUUUCCAAAUAUGUUGAGUUAAACUACUAGACAGACAGUAAGUCUAUACAUGGAUUCAUCUUAAGGGUUACUCAACCUGCCAAUAAAAUUAAUAAGCUAACACAACUGUUUUAGUGAAAUUAACUGACAUUUCCCAAAUUUGAUAUUGAUAUUUUAAUUGAGUUUUUUGACAGAUGUGCAUGAAUAUCACUUUUAAAUGUCAGUGUGAAAUUUAUUUAUAUAGCAUAUUUAAAAAUAACAGCUCUUAACCAAAGUGCUUCACAAUUACUCCAGCUGUCAUAAAAUUUGAGCAGGAGUGAGAAAUCUUUUUUAUUUAUCUUUCUUUUUUUGGGGGGGGUUACUUGCAGCAACGGGCCUCAGGCUGGGACUUGAGCCUGUGCCGGCUGCACCAAGGAGCUGUAGCUGCUUAGCCAGUUAAACUACACACCACCAAUGAAGUGAGAAAUCUUAAUGCUUAAAAUUCAAACCUCAAGUGUAAAACUGUCUCACAGCUCGCUCCCUUGUCAAAUGUUGAUUUUGUUUUUUUAAAGGUACAUCCACUUUUACUCAGUUUACAUAAUUGUAAAUCCUUUGAAUUACUUGAAUAAUGUCUUAUUAUGUGCUAUCUGUAUUAUAGUAUUAUACCUUAUUCUGUGCCAGUAUGUGGCAGGACCUGCAUCUGUUGAGUCAGAAGUGUUUGUAAAGUUUACAACAGGCAACAAAUGACUGUAUCAAAAUGUAGUAUAAAAGUUUUUAGUUUUGCUGGAUUGUAAAUGUAAAACUUGAAUUUUUGAUAAUGUUAGCUUGUUUCGCUACGUGUAUGUUGGCUUUGUUCUGUGUUAAAUUAAACUUUUUUUUUAUUA